AUGGUCCAUGUUGUCGUCGCUGGAGGCACCUCGCCGACCCUUGGACGGUCGAUCGUUACAGCUUGCAUAGCAGCUGGCCAUCAGGUAACUGUCCUCUCACGCACACCAUCAGACUCUAGCUCCGCAGCCGAGUCCGCCCACGGUGCUCCCAUCAAAUAUGUCUCCUACGAGGAUGUUAGCAGCGUCAAGUCCGCCAUCUCUGGCGCCAACAUAGUGAUCUCGGUACUCAAGAUCAUUGGAGACGAGCUCAACAUUACUACUCAUCUGAACCUCCUGCGCGCCACGCUCGCAACGGAUACCGCCACGAGGUUUGUGCCAUCUGAUUGGAGCAUGUAUAGCCUCGCACACCAACAAGUCGAUCUCCUGGCCCACAAAGCCACGUUGCUUAAAGAAUGCCAGCAGCUCGCUGCAUCGUCCGAAAGAACAGACUUUGAGGUUGCUCAAUUCGAGAACGGCGGCUUCCUUAACUACUUCGCCCAGAAGGCGCCCUCGGUUGCCGCGAAGCCACACCUUUUAGCUGGUUUGGACGACGAUUUGAUGCUCGAGUACAUUGACAUCUCACAGGGCAUUCUCCCGAUUCCCGUGAACGCCGACGGCGAUUCAGCCACGGUCAGCAUGACUCACAUUGACGACGUGGGCAAGUAUGUGGCCGCCGUGGUCGCUCUACCGGCCGGGUCGUGGCCUCAAUCUGGCAUCAUAAGCAUUGCAGGUAACACAUUUACUUACAUUGAAGUUCGCCAUAUCGUUGAGCGAGAAUGUGGCAUCACGCUCCAGCAUGCGACUAUAGAUCCUGACGAGUGUGACCGCCGGAAAAAAGAGGCCGAUGCGAAGCUGGCGGGGGAAUUCGAUCUGGCGACGUUCAAGUCUGGUAUGGUCGCACAGAUGCAGAAGGUGACCUGCCAGGGUGCGAGGGGUGGUGCUUGGGCGGACAAUGAAGCUGGAGAGGUAUGUCCAGAUGUCACACCUGUGGAUCUCAGGGAGUACUUGCAUGAGGUCUGGGGCAAGCAGUGA